AUGCCACCAAUUGUCCAGGAUGCAUACAAUUUGAUUCACGCCUUUGAAGGAAAGUCUAAAGAAAUCGGCGACUCGUCAAACAUAAAGUUCCUAAGUCCACGAUUUGCACCUAUAAUGCCCGACAAAACCGAGAUCAAAGGAUCGCUGUCGCCGUCUGUGCUGCCAUUUUACAAAGACGAUACGGAAGAGCAACUGUUACCUAUACCAAAACUACUUGAAGCGACUGGAAUGUCUGAAGACGAUCGCGAAGACGUACUGGAGAUGAUCAUGGAAACUACAGGAGCUCGGGAAGUCAUUGACGACGCCAUGAAGACACUGUCCAGUACAGAACUCUUUGGGAUGCAGGGCGAACUCAAGGAAGUAACGGAGCGAAUGUCGAAAAUCUUCGAGAAUCUCCAAAAGACUUUCGAUCGGAGGCAAAGGAAAGACAUUAAGCGACGAGGAUUCACAUUUUUAGAAUCUAAUCAACUAGAGCAGCUCCAUGCCAAUAAGGCUGAUCUUGCCAAACACGCUGGUGAAAUCGACUUCGAUAUAGAAGAGUACAAUAAUCAAACUCGAUCUGAACGCGAGCAAGCUCUCUGGCUACGAAUAGCUGAAAUAGCAGCUAACGGAACGAAAACUCGAUCAAAACGUCAAAUCACAUGGUUGUCCGUCUUGAAACCUACAGUUCUCUCGCCGUACAUGUUUGCGCCAGUGUUCGGACUGACCGUUUUGGGCCCAGUGGUGAGCUUAUCGUGUCGCAGUAGCUGUCACCCGUCCCGUCUGUUGUUCUCCCCACAUACUACUCACUCCUGCCUGUGUGUCGUCGCCCUAGGCGUCUUGUCUCCGCCGUUGGCAAUGCCAUUCAUACUCUCUCCGUACCUUUUGUCACCCUAUGUACUAUCACCCCUCGUUAUGGCCCCAUUUAUUCUCAACCCUUAUGUGUUAUCACCAAACGUUAUCAACCCAUACGUGCUUUCACCGCUGAUACUUAGUCCUUUGGUCCUUUGCCCUGAUCUCGUCUCUCCCAUGGUCCUAGGGUAUGGUAUCCAUACAUUCUCACCCAUUCGCGUUCGUGCGAGGAUCGUGUCCUCUCACCUUCUGUCCUAUCUAAGAGUUUUCUGA